AUGUUUCGUUCUCCUCCUGGUUUUUGCGCGUUAUUCGCUAUUCUCCUCGUUAACUUGGCCUCGGGAGCGCUACAGAACUCGCCCACUUUGGUGCCACAAAUUCGCACUAAUGGCUUCCAGCUAGAGCCCCUCAAUCAGGAGUACUUUCUUAGAAUCGAGCAACCUGGUGGCACCAUCCGCCAGGAGACAGUGAAACAGAAUGAAGCCGGUCAUUUGCAAGUUAAUGGAGUGAUCAAUCAGCCCUACGAGGAUCAUGGUGCCCAUCUAGUGGUCACCUAUGAGGCGGGUCCCAAUGGAUAUGUGGCCAAGUAUAGCUAUGGUAAGGGACCACCAACCCCGCCGCCACAAUUUCCCUUGUUCCUGAGUCCCAAUGCCCUGAAAUCUGGCGCUGGAUAA